AUGCUCUCGGCGUUCACUGCGAAGCCGAUCGUCGAGCUGAAGCAGCGCGACAAGUCCAAGAUCGAGUCGAUCCUCGCGUACGGCGACCGCGUGCUGGUUGGGCUCAACAGCGGCGCACUGCGCGUGUACCGUGUAAACGAGGAGACGGGAGAGCAGCCCGCGCAGGCGUCGGCGGCUGACCUGCUGCGCGAAGAGGACAAGUUCUCGCGCCGCCCCGUGGUGCAGCUCGGAUUCCUCAAGGAGAUCAGCAUCCUCAUCUCGCUGUCGGACGGCCAUGUCUCGAUCCACGACCUGCACACGUACGCGCUGCAGGAGCGGCUCGAGAAGACGCGCGGCGCAACAACGUUCGCCGCGGCCAGCAACAUCGUCAAGGACCCAACGACGGGCAUCCCAUCCAUCGUCAGCCGCCUCGCCGUCGCGGUCAAGCGCCGCAUCGUGCUCUGGACGUGGCGCGACACGGAGCUCAGCGGCGACGCGACGGAGCUGUCGCUCAUGGCCAGCGUCAAGAGCCUGACGUGGGCCGCGGGCACCAAGCUGGUCGCCGGCAUGGACCCGGGCUUUGUGCUGGUUGACGUCGACACGCACGACGUGCAGGACGUGGUCAAGCCGGGCGACGCCGGCGGGCAGGGCGGUGUGCGCUUCGGCGCCGUGCAGUCGAGCGGCAUGGGCUACAUGGGCAUGGCCAGCUGGGUGCCGAAGCCGCUGGCGACGCGUCUGGGCGAGGGGCAGCUGCUGCUGGCCAAGGACGUCAACAGCCUGUUCAUCGACACGGCCGGCAACGCCCUGGACCGCCGCCAGGUCCCGUGGCCGUCGGCGCCCGAGAUGCUGGCCUACUCGUACCCGUACAUGCUGGCCCUGCAGGCCCCCGCCAAGGGCAGCCUGGAGGUCCGCAACCCGGACACGCUGAACCUGCUGCAGAGUAUCGGCCUGCCCAACGCCAGCUUCCUGCACGUCCCGCAGCCGAACAUCAGCCUGGCCCACCAGGGCAAGGGCUUCCUGGUCGCGAGCGACCGCUGCAUCUGGCGCAUGGCCGGCCAGAGCUACGAGGCGCAGCUCGACCAGCUCGCCGCGAGUCGCCGCUACGACGAGGCGCUGAGCCUGCUGCGCAUGCUGGAGGACACGCUCCUGCAGGACAAGGACGGCCGCGUCCGCGAGACCAAGAUGCUCAAGGCCGAGGCGCUGUUCGACGACAACAAGUGGGUCGACGCCAUGGACCUCUUUAUCGAUGCCAAGGCGCCGCCAGAGCGUGUCAUCGCCCUGUACCCACGGGCUGUGGCCGGCGACCUGUCUCACGAAGACAGCGCCACGGGCCAUGGCAGCGUGGCCGACGGCGACGUCGACGGCGACGACAACAACGACGACGAUGAGCGCGAGAGCGAGAAGCCCGCCGACGACAGCGAGGAGAUCAAGAAGACCAGCCGCGAGAGCACCUUCAACCCCGCGGCCACAAUCGGACGAUCUGUGAUGGGCAGGCUGGUCGGCGGCCACAAGAAGGCCGACUCUGACGCAGCGUCCAUCCGCUCUUCUGCGCGAGACGACGCAGCAGAGACGGCAAGCAUCAGGCCGGCGAAGAAGGUCACUGAGACCACGCAGCCUGACAAGCAGGUCGACUUCAGCAACGCCCUGCGCGCACUGCAGUCUUACCUCGCACAGUGUCGAGUGCAGAUCAAGCGCUACAUGGACACGGACGGCAAUCUCAAGGAGCCACUGCCCGAACCCAGCGACAGCCAGCAAGAGCUGCUGCCUAAACCGCCCUUCCACCACUUCAUCCAAGAAACGUCUGGCCAUGUCGACUGGGUCGCGAGGCUGCUCGACGUCGCCCAGCUCGUCGACACAACCCUCUUCCGCGCCUACAUGCUCACCAAAUCCACACUCGCAGGCUCCCUCUUCCGGCUGCCCAACUUUUGCGAGCCCGACGUCGUGCAGGAGAAGCUCUACGAAACAGGCCGUUAUGCGGAUCUGAUCGACUUCCUACACGGCAAGAAGCUGCACCGGCACGCGCUCGAGCUGCUCGAGAAGUUUGGCAAAAACGAGGCCGACGAAGAGGUCGCGCCUGCGCUGCAGGGACCGCAGCGCACCGUGGGAUACCUGCAGCAACUGCCCCCCGAGAUGAUCGAUCUCAUCCUCGAGUUCGCCGAGUGGCCGCUGCGCACCGAUCCCGCGCUGGGCAUGGAUGUCUUCCUCGCGGAUACGCAGAAUGCGGAAGAGUUGCCGCGCCACCAGGUGCUGGCCUUCUUGGAGGGGUUGGACCUCAAACUCGCGGUCAAGUAUCUGGAACAUGUAAUCGAGGAGCUGAACGAUCUCACGCCCGACUUUCAUCAGAAGCUCGUUGAUUUGUUCCUUGAGCGGUUGCGGAGCGGGGAGUUUGAGGACGAGGCGGAGAAAGGGAGGUGGAGGGAGAGACUGCAGACGUUCCUCAAGACGAGCGGGAGUUACAACAAUUACCGCGUCUUCAAGCAGCUGAGUCCCGACGACCCGGAUUUCUUCGAGUCCCGCGCCAUCGUCCUGUCCAAAAUGGGCCAGCACAAGCAGGCGCUGCAGAUUUACGUCUUCCAGCUCAAAGACUACGACAAAGCCGAGGAGUAUGCCUUCCUCAAAUACUGCAACACCAUCUUCCUCACCACCCCGCCCCCCGAGAAACAACCAGACCCCCAGGACCAUACAAUCUACCACACCCUCCUCGCGCUCUACCUCUCCCCCCCGCCCCCGCACGCUCCCAACUUGACCCCCGCGCUCGACUUGCUGAGCAAACACGGCGCCCGCCUGCCAGCCAGCACGACGCUCGACCUCGUGCCCCCCAGCCUGCCGGUGCGCGACCUGGCGAGCUAUUUCCGGGGCCGCAUCCGUGCCGCGAAUUCCAGGCUCAACGAGGAGCGCAUCGUGGCGCGGUUGCGCGGGGUGGAGAAGGUGGGCGUUGAGAUGGGGUUGUUGCUCGGAUUUAAGCUUUUGCCCAGCCACUACCCAGCCAUUGCCCUGCACAUUACCCCAGAAAAUAUGGUCCGGACUAUGCUUCUCACGGCGUCCCUUGCCGGUACAGCUUUUGCUGCUGUCUGUUCGGUCGCCGGCGGAACCAGCGACGACUCUGCAGCCAUCAAAGCUGCGUUGAAGUCGUGCAACAAUGGCGGUACAGUCGUUCUUGACAAAACCUACACCAUUGGCUCUCUUCUGCAGACUACCGAUCUCUCGAAUAUUGCGAUCCAACUGAGCGGCACCAUCAAGCUCUCAGCAAACAUCGAUUUCUGGAGUUCGAAUGGUUUCCAGCUGAACUACCAAAACGCGUACACUGCGUGGACUAUCGGCGGAAGCAACAUUCACAUCUACGGUGGAGGAACUUACUCUGGCAGCGGCGAUACUUGGUACAGUGCUGGGAAGACUGGCCCAAUCCCAUGGGUCAUCUACAACGCACAAAACGUUGUCGUGGACAACAUCAAGCAAGUCCAGAGUCCAUUCUGGCACAACUUGGUCUACGGAUCCAGCAACGUCACCUUCAACAACAUCGACCUGCACUCAAUCCAGACGAGUGGCAAGCAGGCACAGAACACGGAUGGAUGGGAUAUCUACCGCAGCGACAACGUCCGCAUCACAAACAGUCACAUCGUCAACGGAGACGACUGCGUCAGCUUCAAGCCCAACACCACCAACACUUUGGUCGAGAACCUCUACUGCCAAGGCUCGCACGGUAUUUCCGUUGGCUCUCUGGGCCAGUACGCCGGUGUCCAAGACAUCGUCGCCAAUGUCCUCGUCAAGAACGUGACCAUGGUCAACGCUGAGAACGGCGCCCGCAUCAAGGCCUUUGGCGGCAGUGCCAGCUCUACGUCCACGACUGGCGGAGGGAAUGGGUAUGUCAGGAAUGUCACAUUCCAAGACUUCACAGUGCAGAGUGUGGCUCUGCCCGUCGUGAUCGAUCAGUGCUACGAGACCUCGGCUUCGACAUGCGCCUCCCACCCGUCCAAGGUCACCAUCAGCGACGUCCACUAUGUCAAUGUGACUGGUACGGGUAGCAAGAGCAAAGAAGUUGUCAGCCUGGUUUGCAGCGAUGUAUGUCAGGGUGUCACGGCGACUGGAACCCGUCUCCACCGCGAGCCUGGAUUUCCCUUGCAAUUCUGCUGGAGCUGUGGUCUCUGGAAGUGCGGUGACGACCAGUGCAUCGAAGACAAAGACGAGCACUUCUAG